ACCAAUCACUGGACGGACCGACACAGCAGGACAGCAGCGCGACGCUGACCAGGGCUUCCUCCGCCGCUGCUCGGCGCCGCCGCAGCGUCCCCCUCGGCGCCCUCUCGGCCACGCAGUCCCGGUCCCGCCGCCGGCAGAAUGGCAGUACGGGGAGAAACGGACACCGUCGCGCCACGCUGGCGGCUGGCUGGCUCGAUCUGCUAGUCGGCGACGGCGACGGCGACUCGGCGGUGAGAAAGACAAGCUCCGGCUGACCGGCUGCACGGUAAAGACUGUGGCGUCGCCAUCGGCCGUCCAAUCACCUGCUGCUGGUACAGAGCAUGAGCGCAGGGUGGGCCGGGGUGUGGAGAGACACGAGCAAGAGCACAGGGUUGCUGCUGGUACAGAGCAAGAGCAAGAGCACAGGGUGCGCCCUCUCGGCCCUCUCAACAACCCCAGAAGCAGCUGGCUGGCAGGCAAGCAGCGAGAUGUCUAGGUCUGGAAAAAGACUUCGUCGAUGGUGGGACGAGGAGGAUGAAUCUGAUGAUGACGACCUCUUCAUCAUUGCUGGUCUUCUUGAGGGCUCUAGGAGGAACAAGCGCAAGAAAAAGUUCCGUGGAUCUUUGCCGGGCCGCCGCAAAGUGCUACGGGACAUUUCGGGAGGUCACGAUCGCAAUUCAUAGUUCUAGGUAGUUAGUGAUUUACUAUGCAUGUAAUCUCUAGUUCAGAUGUGUAGUUCUGUGAAUGUAAUCCCUAGUUAGUGAUUUACUAUGCACAUUUUAUUUCCAACGAUGUUGUUGUCCAAAACUUUGGAGCAGAAUUUUUUGCUGCAUGUAUGGUCCUGUGCUGUUGAAAUUUUGAAACCAUGUUGUUGUCCAAAA